UGGUAUACUGCAACAGUAAAGGAAUAUGGAAGAGAUAGUAGUUGGCGUAGUUGGUGUUAGCAACCCUAGCAACGGUAGAUGUAAAACUUUGGGCCCCUGAAAUUCACAACUUGUGUGUUUUCUCGUCCGCAGUUAACAGUAAUAAACCAGCCAUGAAUAAGAUAGGAGAACAAGCCAGUGCCCCUGUUGAAAUUAAAAAGAAUCCUAACGGUGGGUUUCGCCAGUCUCUGCACACGGGAUCAUCAUCCCUGGAAGUAGACCCUCCUGCGGGGUUGAGAUUUUGUAACCUACAGCCUUUAAGCUUUGGUCUAGGAAAUGGUUAUGAAGUUGAAGAUUCUUUGAUUCAACAUGACUUGCAGAGGAGGAGGAGGAGAGUCUUUCGUUUUCAUCUGAAGAGUCGUCGAGAUGCAUGGUUCCACCACAAGGAAUAUUUUGAUACGCGCAGAUUACACCUAGCAGCUUCAACUAAUAAUGUGAAUUUGAUGGAAACCUUAUUACGUUCUGGGGUUAAUCCUAACUGUAAAGAUGACCAGAGCAGAUCGUCCCUCCAUUUGGCUGCAUGCAGAGGAUAUCAUGAUAUUGUGAGGCUGCUGCUGGAAAGAGGAGCUGAUCCAAACAGCAAAGAUUCUUUGGGGAACACACCACUUCAUCUUGCUGCAUGUACCAACAAUGUUGCUGUUGUCACCUUACUGCUUAAAGCAGGCACGGAUGUCAGCAGCAUUGACUACUGUGGUCGAAGCCCAUUACAGUUGGCCCAUUCAAAGCUCAGAUUACUUCAGAGAAGUGCUGCAAAUACAGAGGACUCAAAAUUGGUGAAGGAUGAGGCUCACCAAGUUAUAGAAAUGAUGCUGACAUACUUACACAAGUGUGGUCAGGACACAGAAGCUGAACUUUUGGGUGCAUUCUCAUCACGACUUACAUUAAGUAACACCCGAGAGGAAGUAGAAACAGGUGUACGUGAUUUAUUGGCUGGGCUGUCAAGCCUCAGCCUUGAUAAGUCUGUUAGUGACCAAAAAGACUGUACUGAGAAGUAAGAUUUUCUCACUGACAUUUCAUCAUAUCACGUAGCAUAGAAGCAUGCAGGUGUUAAAUAUAUUUCAGUCUAGCAUGACAGUUACAAAUCUUUUGGUUUUGUAUGCCACUGAAAAUAUUUGUGACUUGUGCUUCAGUGCUAAGAAAUGCUUCAUCAUUUUUAAGUGAUCAGAAUCGAUGCUGUUCUUUAUAUCCAUCAUUAGAUGAUGUGAACAGUGAAGUAAUAUUCCAUUAUUAUACAGGGUGAUUCAUAUAGAACCAGCCCGAUGAAAUGAGCUGUAAUAUAAAAUAUACCAUACAGAUAUUAAA